AACAUGAACCUAUCUCAUAUCUGUCUCUGCAUGUCUGGAAUAUUAAAUAUUUGAUUGUUUUACUUUGUAUUAUGAACAAGUAUUAGGUACCUAUACAACUGAGGCUUCCCUAUUUUAUUAAAUUUUUAAUACACUACAAUGUAAUGCACUAACUAGGAACAAUAUUUGGAAGUUUCAGUUAUUAAGUAAAUAUAAUAAAUUUAAGUACAUAUAAUUAUGUAAAUAAUUACAAGUAAAAGUUAUUAAAAAAAAUGGCAAGUGACGAACAUAUAGAAUUAGCGCAAUACCUUAAAAAUGUUCACAUGUCGCUAAGAAAAUUAUCUUUAAACAUUGGGGCGGAGAAGGCAUGGAUUGAACAUUGUAAUAAAAAGGAAGUUCUGAAUAAAUAUGCGCAAUGUAUGCAAAAAUUGGCUACAGUACAUUGGGAUCCAAACUCUAAUAACGAAAACAGUGAAGCUUUUUCUCGCAUUAAGUGGACAUCUGACUUUUGUGAGGAGUAUUUUACAAAUAUCUGUUCUGUUCAUAGUAGACGGGAUAUGGAAAUAGCAAUGAAGAUUAAUGUAACUUUAAAUAAAGAACAACCCUUUCAUAAACCAUACAAACUCCUUGAUGUAGGGAGUUGUUAUAAUCCAUUUCAGAUAUACGACUUUCUAGAUGUGUUAGCCAUAGAUCUAUGUCCCGUUAAUGAGUCAGUCAAACAGUGCGAUUUUCUAAAUAUAUGUUUUGGAAAUGAAACAAUAAUAAAGAAUAAUGGAGUGAAACAUCUAGUAGAGAAUAGUUUCGAUGUUGUAACUUUUUGUUUCCUUCUCGAAUAUAUCCCAUCUUCGGAACAAAGAAUUAAAGCUUGCUUAAAUGCUUAUAAAUUAUUGAAGUUUGGGGGAUUGUUAAUUAUAAAUACUCCAGAUUCAAAACAUGUUGGUGCGAAUAGCAAGAUUAUGAAAUGUUGGCGAUAUACUUUGGCUUGUUUAGGUUUCUCAAGAGUAAAAUAUGAGAAAUUUAGACAUAUACAUUGUAUGGCAUUUCGGAAGUCAUUAAAUAAAGAGAUCGCCGUCAGAUGGGCUACAAUUCAUAGAGAACCGUACAUGGAUUUCAAAAUUCAAAUACCACAAGAUUAUUUAAAAAUAAAAAAUGACAAUAAUAGUGAGAAAAUUACAGUCGACCUUGAAGAUUUUGGAGAGCUGCCUUUUAAUGACUUUGAAUUUUGAAAUAGUUUAUUUUCUUAAUUGAUACUGAAGAAAAUGUUUUAUAAUAUAUAUAGAGAGAAUUAUCAAAAUACAUAUAUCUUAUAAAUAAACAUUCUGUCUUACAA